AUGGCAGCUACACCAGGAGUGAAGGCCCUGAAGCAGAUAGCUAAAGACAUUGAGCGCUGGGCCAAUAGACUGAACAAGCAGAAGGAGAGCUUCAAGAGCAGCUUCCAGGGCCUGGGGCAGGACAGGGAUGAGGACAGGAGAGAGGCUGCCGCUGCCAAUACAGGCUUCUCCACCUUCUUUGAGAAAAAAGUAGCCUGGUGGCAGUUUACAGUGGGGACAGUGACCCAGAGGAGGCAGCAGACCCAGAUCAGGGAGUUGGAGGUGAUGAGCGGUCAGACAGACUGGAGGAAGUUGGCCUGUCUGCUCUGUCUCAGGCAGUUCCCUAGCGAAGACGCACUGCUGCGGCACCAACAGCUUCAGACCUGCAGGAUGCAAAACUUGGAAAUUCACAGACGAUCCAAACUAUUGGAAGCCGAGCUGGAGGAGUUGGAGAGAAAAGAUAUAGAGCUGAAAUACAGAGACAGAGCAGCUGAAAGAAGGGAUAGGUAUGGUGUUCCUGAACCACCAGCGCCCAAGAAGAAGAAAUUCUAUCAGAACUACGAGCAGCCCACCAAAGACGGUCUGACUAAUGACAAUAUUGGGAACAAGAUGCUGCAGGCAAUGGGCUGGCAAGAGGGCAAGGGCCAGGGCCGCAACCAGCCGUGCAUCACUGCACCCAUCACUGCAUCAUUACGGACCAAGGGCACACGCCUGGGCAUCAAGGGAAGCAACUACGAACUCUACGCAUCGGACACUUACAAGGACACCGUGCUCAAGGCCAUCUUUGCACACUUCAUAGAGCUUGCAUGA